GCCUCAUCUGCAGCACAAAAGCAUUGAGCCAAUAAGUUGGUACAUAGUGUGGAAGUGUUGUUUAUCGAAGUUCCGUUUCGUAAGGGAGCUCCUAGGGGGUAUGUCAGAUACUCCACCAGCAUCAGAGAUUAGACAACCAAGUAAAACUCGAAAAGCAAGAAGGGAAUAAACUAAUAGAUCAAAAUGAAUAUUCGAUGUGCACGCCCAAGUGACCUGAUGAAUAUGCAGCACUGUAAUCUGUUGUGUCUCCCAGAGAACUACCAGAUGAAGUACUACUUUUACCAUGGACUCUCCUGGCCACAACUCAGCUAUGUGGCUGAGGAUGAAAAGGGCCAUAUUGUUGGAUAUGUUUUGGCAAAAAUGGAAGAAGAUGGUGAGGAUAAUCGUCAUGGACACAUAACCUCCUUAGCUGUGAAGAGGUCUCACAGACGUCUAGGUCUUGCUCAAAAGCUGAUGAACCAGGCUUCUUUAGCUAUGGUGGAGUGCUUCCAGGCAAAAUAUGUCUCUCUACAUGUACGAAAAAGCAACCGGGCUGCUCUGAACUUGUACACCAAUUCACUUGGCUUCAAGAUUCUAGAGAUUGAACCUAAGUACUAUGCUGAUGGUGAAGAUGCAUACUCCAUGAUGAGGGACCUCAGUGCUUUUGCGGAGAACAAAUCUGAGACAUCUGAUAAUAUGGAAAUCAAGUCUGAAUCUGCUGUUAUAUCACAGUGUUGAUUGUAAAUAAAGCAUUUAAUUAAUUAACAA